AUGACGUCGAAAGGCAUCUUGCACAUAGAAGUCCGGCUUCGCCAAACGCCCUCUCCAUUCUGCCGCGCGGACGAGGUCGUAGAUGACGUCUCGCAAUGGAUACUGCAAAGUUUCAGCUACCUGAAAGUGGGAGAGACGGUGUCCGGUGACGAAAAUCUCGAGAGUGUUGAGAGCAUCGAAUACAUCAAAGUCGACGGCUUCACCGGCCGUGAUGAGGAUAAUAUCUGUUUCUCCCUCCAAGAUGUCACGCUUGACGUCCAUGUCUACCGCCUGCAAGAUGACGGAGACGCAGCAUCAGCUACGUUGUUGACUCUGACUGGCGAUGACCGAAGCGUCGACAACCAGACUUCAUAUCAAAUCCAUGCGGCUUCCUUGCCGAACACCAAUCUAGAGGGGCUAUGGGAGUCCCUUGUUUACCCCGGGGAUCUCCACGUCAAACUGCUGCGACUCGCGACGCGCAUGUUGACUAUAUUACGCAAGCGCGCCUCGGACUCGAGAAGUGGCCACUGCAUCAGCUGGAACGGACUCUUCCUGCUGUAUGGUCCACCAGGUAGUGGGAAGACGACUCUAUGUCGAGGCCUGGCACAGAAGCUGAAGAUACGUUUGGGAAAAAUAUACACACACGGCAAGAUGAUCGAACUCCAUCCAAACUCACUUUUCAGCAAAUAUUUCGGGGAGAGUGGACGGAUUGUGGGCGAGAUCUUUGAUAAGAUCCAAAGCACCGCGGAUGCCGAACCAGAGACGUUGAUUUUCGUUAUGAUUGAUGAAGUUGAGAGCUUGGUCUCUCCGCGUGAAGAAUCCAUGUGCGGCGAAGUUGCAGAUGCUAUACGGGUAACGAAUGGAACACUGACCGCACUUGACCGUCUCCGGCAUCGGCCUAACGUCAUGGUGCUGUGUACCAGCAACCUUCCUGAUGCAAUUGACUCUGCUUUCCUAGAUCGCGUCGACAUGUCACAAGCGGUGCCGAACCCUGGACCAGAUGCAGUCUACGGCAUACUUCGAUCAUCACUGAAUGAGCUCCUUAAACAAGAGCUUCUGGUGCCUAUCACAACUUGCAAAUCCCAAUCGUCAUCCCUGGCGGUCGAGGGAGCAGCUGCAACCGAAGAAGACGAAUGUUGGAGAACGACCGACGCCGCUAGCACCUUCAUGGAGAAUCCGCAUCUGUUCCCUUCCAUCGGAUGGGUAACGAUGAUGGCCGCAGAGGAUAGCCCGGCGUUCAGGCUAUGGCUCCUCGCGAAGAAGUGUGUUGGAUUGUCUGGGAGAUCUUUGCGCGGGCUCCCGAUGAAAGCACUAGGUCUCUACACCUACGCCGAACGUCCCUCGGUGAGCGAGAUGCUGGACGCCCUCCAGCUCGCAGUUGACAAAGAAAACUAA